CGAGGAUUCCAUCCUGACUUCUCUCUCUCCCAAACCAUCGGGAUCGGUUGAUGACAUCUCGUCUGCAUCUUCUGCCCACGCGUCGUCGUUAACCACAUCAUCAGCAUCCGAAUCAUCGUCUUCGACAAGUUUUCCGGUUCAUGAUUCCCUAGUGGCAGAAACUACACACCGAGACGGGCUAGAACCGAUGUCAGCAUUGCCGUUAGAUGGGAUGAGUUCUUCUCCUGUCAUUCCUGCCGUCAUCAGAGAAUCCGUGCCUCUCGAUCGGGUGUUUGGGAAUAGAAAUCGCACCCCUGCACCUGGUGUGCUGCUGAACACAAACACUCUCGAAGAGUUCAAAGGUGUUGAAAAGCCUGUGGUUCUUAAGGCCUGUGCGAGGGAGAUAUGGGAUGACAUUUUGUCUAGGAGGGCGGAGAAAGACCCAUCUUUGCUUAACCGUUUCUUGGUCCUGUCUUUUGCUGAUCUCAAAGGGUGGAAGUUCUACUACUGGUUUGCAUUUCCGGCCCUGAGCCUCAGAGAGCCUGCCAGGCUGCUCCGCCUUCAGAGCGUAGCAGAGGCUUUUGCAGCACCAGCAGCAGCAGAAGAAGUUGCCCGUGUAUCGGCAGCAUGCAGACGGUGGCGUGACGGGCACAGCAUUGACAGUGUAGAAGAAGUGCCUUCUGUUCCUGCUGCUGCUGGAUCUUUGCAUGGUGACUCGACAGAUCCAUCCGUCGAGUUAUCGGCUUCAUUGUUAUCCCCAUUUGCAGUCUCCUUGCAACGGCAGACAAGUGUGGAGGAGGUAACCUCUGGCGGGGCCCCGUUUUUCCUCAUCGGGCUUAUCCCCGGUAAAAAGUCUGUUUUGGUUGCAAGCUUGCAUCAGUGGGAGGAUGUUUGCCACGAUGUCGGUGGUCCGGGGAACGUAGUUGUUGCAUUUUUUGACCCAUGCCACCUUCCCACACACCCUGGCUGGCCUUUACGCAAUCUUCUUGUCCUCGCGUCUGUUCGGUGGCGUGUCCAGCGUCCGCGCGUGUUGUGUUAUCGGGAAAGGAAAGGACGGUUUGACCCCGCUGCUUGCCCUGUGAUUGAUGUGCUGGUCCCACCAUGUCCUGAAGAAGCGCCGGGGGGUCUUGCCAACCUCCCUUGCCCUGAGGCAGUCGGCUGGGAAAAGAAUCGUCAAGGGAAGAUGAGUCCGAGGUUUGUCGAUCUCUCCCCAGUUAUGGAUUUGCGACAGCUAGCUCUGGCGGCAGCAGACCUGAACCUGAAACUGAUGAGGUGGCGGCUCCUUCCUUCAUUGAACAUAUCCGUGCUGAACAAAUGCCGCUGUUUGCUCCUUGGUGCUGGCACCUUGGGCUGCCAGGUGGCCCGUGGGCUGAUGGCCUGGGGUGUGCGCCAAAUCACCAUUGUUGACUACGGGCGUGUCUCCAUGUCCAACCCACUACGGCAGUCCUUAUACGAGCUAGAAGAUUGCCUGGGAGGAGGCAAACCGAAGGCCUUGGCAGCAGCUGAACGCCUUCAGCGGAUUUUCCCAGGUGUCAUUGCCAAAGGUAUUCAGCUGGCCAUCCCGAUGCCAGGGCACCCAGUUUUGCAAAAGGAUGAGGAGUCAGUUAGCCAGACUUGCAAAGAUCUCAAGCAGCUGAUUGACGAUCACGAUGCCGUCUUCUUGUUGAUGGACACGAGGGAGAGCAGAUGGCUACCGACGUUGUUGUGUGCAAGUGCCAACAAGCUGGCCAUCAAUGUCGCUUUGGGUUUCGAUACCUUCCUCGUCAUGCGGCACGGUUCCUCCCCAUCGUCACUUUGUUCCAGCGAUCCCAAAGGUGCCGGCAACAGUGAAUGGAAGGCUACAGACGCGGAAAGCAAAUCGCGGGAUAAGGUAGAUGGUGUCAGCAGUAGACACAGUGGUCAUGAGGAGGCUGGAGGCAAUAUUGGCGUGCCACCUGAGAACAGCAUUGCUCCUCCAAUUGUUGCAAAUGAAAAGCAGGCCUCCAGUAAAAGGCUGGGUUGUUAUUUCUGUAAUGAUGUAGUUGUGCCACUUGAUUCGACAACAAAUCGGACGUUAGAUCAACAAUGCACUGUGACCAGGCCUGGCUUGGCUCCCAUAGCUGCAGCUCUUGCUGUCGAGCUCGUAGUUAGUCUACUGCACCAUCCGUUGGGCGUGGAAGCGUCUGCUGAUCAGCCCAUGCCGGUGAUGGUCAGUACAGAUCUGCCACUUGGCAUCAUUCCGCAUCAAGUCAGAGGUUUUCUGGCCUAUUUUACGCAGAUGAUGGUAGUUGGGGAGGCCUUUGAUCGCUGCACUGCUUGUUCCCAUCAUGUAGUGGAUGCGUAUAGGAGAAGGCAAGAAGAAUUCCUCCUGCGGGUUUAGUGGUCUCACCAAGUUGAAGGCUGCAGCGCAUGAUGCCUGUGUAGACUGGGACGAGGAUGAGCAAGAGGACGAGGAAGAGUAGGGCACGCCGGUCGAGAAACACUGAAGAGAAGAACAUCGGAUUGAAGAGGAAAAGGCUGAAUGGCGGAGCAUGAGGGUGUCACUGCUGUGAUGGAAGAGAGUGUGGCUAUGAGGAGGAGGAGCAGGAACAGGAGGAGGGGGUGGUGGUGAUGGAGAACCGACCAUGGCCAAGUUUCAAAAAGGAAAAACGAAAAAUAUAUACUUCCAACGAUAAGAGGGUGGUGGUGGCGGUGAAGAGGGAGGGGAUUGGACCCCAAGCGGUCAUGCAUUGUUUGCUGAUGACUCUACUUUGCACAGCGCGUAGCAGCGAGCAAGCAAGCUUUGGGCAGAUGCAGGAGAUGUGACUGUGUGGCAAUUGGUGGGUAGCAGGAGGGGACACAACAGAGGGUUUUGUACAGAAAGAGUGUGUUUGUGUGUGUGGGGGAUGUCUGUAGGUGGUAUGAUUAGAGCAUUGGGGAGGGGGUGUGUAGGGGGGAGAGGUGGUGGGACGGGAAUCAUGGGGUAUGGUUUAGAAUGUAGAAAGUGUGUUGGAGUGAUUUAUGUCGCGGGUGCGGAAUUCUCAGACUCUUCCAGACGUAUUACUAUAUUUGCUCUCUUCUUUAUUACAUAGCUUACCUGUUAUCUAUCGGUGUUUCAAUCGUUGGGAAAUUCAGUUAUAGACUUAUAGUGCUGAGAUUACAGUCACCGUAGAUAAUGAUGCCUGGCAUUGCCUGCUGCAAUUUUUUGUUUCAUAUAAAAACACCGAAAAACAAGCACAGUUGUCGUAGAACUGUGGCCAACCAAGAUCAGGACAAAGAGCUGAUGGUGUUCUGUGUAAGUAGACAACGCAGCAGAGCUCCGCAGGUCGGGUGCACCUUCGUGUUAUUUCGUUUUAGUCGCUGUGGUCCAUACACUCUGAAAGAAGGAGAAGAGGAGGAAAAGAAGGAAAAGAGGAGGGAAGGGGAGGAGGGGGAGAAGAUCUGUGCAGUCCAAAAAGAGGGGAGAAGGGAAGAGGAGGAGGAGAAGAUCUGUGUAUGUAUAGCACAUUUCCAUUCUAUGCCUCGUUUUAAUGUAGUGGUGCAGAUUCUUCUACAAGAGGAGAGACGGGAAGGAGGAAGAGUAGGAGAUCUGUGCAUUGCGUGGAGGAAGCACAGAGUUUAACCGCUUAGCAUGUGAAACUGUAUAGCACAUUUCCAUUCCGUGCGUCGAUUUAAUGUAGCAGUGUGGAUUCUAACAAAAAGCGGAGAGAAGG